GUUUUUCUUUGAUUUCAGGUCGCCACAUUACGCCUGUCCUGAAGUUAUACGGGGGGAGAAGUAUGACGGGAGGAGAGCAGACGUGUGGAGCUGCGGGGUCAUCCUCUUCGCCCUCCUGGUGGGUGCCCUGCCUUUUGACCACGACAACCUACGGCAGCUGCUGGAAAAGGUGAAGAGUGGCGUGUUCCACAUGCCGCACUUCAUCCCGCCGGACUGCCAGUCGCUGCUCAAAGGCAUGAUAGAAGUUAACCCGGAGAAGAGGCUGACGCUAGAGGCCAUCCAGAAACAUUCCUGGUAUCAGGGCGGUCGUAACGAGCCGUGUCCCGAGCAGCCUCCCCCCCGGCGGGUGUGUGUGAGGAGGAUCCUCUCCCUGACCGAGCUGGACCCGGAUGUGUUGGAAAGCAUGCACUCUCUGGGAUGUUUCCGCGACAGAGUCAAGCUGACCCGUGAUUUGCAAUGUGAAGAAGAGAACCAGGAGAAGAUGAUCUACUACCUACUGCUGGACAGGAAGGAACGCUACCCGAGCUACGAAGAUGAGGACCUGCCUCCACGCAACGACGUUGACCCUCCUCGGAAGCGUGUCGACUCCCCCAUGCUGACGCGUCACGGUCGCUGUCGCCCAGAGAGGAAAAGUCUAGAAGUGCUCAGCGUUACGGAGCAGGGGUCUCCCACCCCACCCCGCAGGGCCCUCGACACGGCCGCACACAGUCAGAGGUCCCGCUCAGUCAGCGGAGCUUCAAGUGGUCUCUCCUCGAGUCCUCUCAGCAGUCCCAGGGUUACCCCCCAGGGCUCUCCGCUGCCCACACCGCUGGGCACCCCUGUUCACCAUCCCCACCACCCUUCCACCACCCCGCCCUCCUCUUCCUCAUCCUCAUCCUCGUCACGGGCAGAGGGAGGCGGGGGCGUGGGCUCGCUCUCGCUCACCCCUCCCUCCAGCCCAGGAGGGGGUGGCGGCAUGGCGGCCAGCAGCCCCGCCCACUGGAGGACUCGCCUCAACUCUUUCAAGAACAACUUGCUGGGGUCGCCGCGGUUCCACCGCCGUAAGUUACAAGUUCCCACGUCAGAGGACAUGUCCAGUCUGACGCCAGAAUCCAGCCCUGAGCUGGCCAAGAAGUCCUGGUUCGGGAAUUUCAUCGGUUUGGAGAAAGAGGAGCAGAUCUUCGUGGUGAUCCGAGACAAACCCUUGAGUUCUGUCAAAGCCGACAUUGUCCACGCUUUCCUGUCAAUCCCGUCGCUCAGCCACAGCGUCAUCUCCCAGACCAGUUUCCGGGCAGAGUACAAGUCCUCCGGCGGUCCCUCCGUCUUCCAGAAGCCCGUCAAGUUCCAAGUGGACAUUGCCUUCUCCGAGGGCGAGAGGGAGCGGGAAAGGGAGAGGAGCGAGAGGGAGGGGAGGAGGGAAACAGGAAUCUACAGCGUGACCUUCUCCCUCAUAUCAGGCCCGAGUCGCCGGUUCAGACGAGUGGUGGAGACGAUCCAAGCCCAGCUUCUCAGCUCUCAUGAUCAGCCACUGGUGCAAGCCCUAUGUGAUCCCUUCCCAGAUGAGAAGAACAGUCGUCCCCACGGGACCCCCACCCGCCAAAACUCGCGGCGCUCAGAGGGCGGGGGCGACAGGUGCGAGUGGGGUGACCGAGCAGACGGCGGAGGCAUAGGAGGCAGCGGAGGAGUCCUGCAGCGCAGAGGCUCGGCGAAGGAGAGAACCCGCCUCCUGUCCUCCAACGGAACCCAGUCCCAACCGUAGGAUAGAGAGCGAGACGACGCUGCAGGAUGCUUGAGCUGCACCACGAACCAGACAGUAAUAACUCCAUCUCCAAGUAUCCCUGCGAGCUACGAGCCACCCCUUAUUCUUCCUCGACCAAGUUACUGAGAGUGCUUAACUAUAGCGAGGACUGAUCCUUAUUCCCUCCCAUCUUGCAUUUUGUUUGCCAACAUAAUCUUGACGUUCUGGAUCGCCGUUAAUCCGACCAUUAAAAGAGGAACGAGUUUUGAGGAACCACCCUUUAAUUAAAAAAAACAAAAGGAGUCCGAGAAUGAGCAGUUUUGGUAUCCAUCCAUUAAAAAAUGUAGCUUCCCAGAUAAAACAAGAGUUUAGAAGAGCUGAUGUGCAUGCCAGCUAGCCAGUCGGUCCUCGAGCAGAUAGGUUAGUCUGUCGGGAUCCCAUCGGCUGACGGAUUCGGACACCCGAAAUUACUCCUUGGAUUAACGGUGGCGCUCCUGUCCCUGUCGAGCAACGUUGCAGAUGACGGUCCAUCUGGAGAGAGGCGUGGAUGCAGUGCAGCAUCAGAACUCUACGAGCCCGUUUACCCCAAGGUUGAGCUUUUCUCAUGAGAAACUGCAUCCUUGAGUUCCAGCAGCGGCUUUUGUGUGGAUCUAAAGAAAAAACCCAACAAGUAAGCUAAGUAAGUGAAUGUGAAAAAAACAAAAAAACGUAUUUUUUUAUUUCGUUUUUAUUUGUGUUAACGUAUUGGCUUUUGUCUGAGGAUGUCAGCAGCACAGUGACAUCGGCGGCAGCAGGAAGAGCCGCGCUGUCUGAACGUUGUUUACUGGCAAACAUCCGCUUGGUUUGUGUUUCCUUUUUACUCAGAGACGCUAUGAAACAAUUCAUCUACCAUUCUGCAUCGGACCCUCGUUGCUCUGGUUUGAACAAAUGUAUGAACAUUACUGGGUGGAGGGAGGGGGGUGGGGGUGUUGUUAAUAUGUGACUGUUUGGGCCCAGACUGAAUAAGAAGAGCAUUCCUGACCUUCGGAUGGAACAGAACGAACCGCUCAUCAGAAGCUUGUCUCCUAACGCCAUCAUAUUCACACUUGUAAAAAAACAAACAAACAGGAAACUCAUGAGUGGACAUUUUCACGCCGCUGGACUCACAAGGUUUGCACAGGACUUCAAAACAGGAAGCAGGCGUCCUCCCAUAAACCCCCAAAAAAAAAAGCCAAGCGGCCCCGUCGACGUGUCCGCGGUCGUCUCCAAGCGCGGCGUAGCAGCUCGGACGUCCACACAUUCCUCCAGCUCUCCGCCAGACCAGUCAGUGUUCUUCACCAGUCUUCCAUGCAGCGCAAUAUGCAACAAAGUGCAGGAGUUUUCGCCGUUAUUUAUCUAUUUAUUUGAUUUAAUUUAUUUAUUUAUUUCGGAGAUUUGCCAUGUAUUUGUCUACAAAAGUAUAUUCCGUGUCACAAACCCCACAAGCUUUGUCUAAAUCUCACGUUCCUCCUGCUUAUCUCUGCUGUGUGUGAGACGGACGUUUGACGGCUGAGCGAGAGUAAGAUUAAAACUGGGCAGCAGAGAUACUUUGAGCCGAACCCAACCUAAUCAUAUCAAGUGAACUAUUAAAGCCAAACCCUAGCUGGCACUCUGGGUUGUUUUAUUUUCGUUCUUUCUGUCCUCUCACACGAUUGACGUUUGCUUCACUCAUCCGUCUUUCUCUUCACCUCCCCGCCGUACGUACGCCCAUCAUCCCAAGAGAAAAUGUACAGAGUUGUUCGUCUCACCGUUGAUGCACACUUUUACGAUCGCUCACCUUGGUUUUGGGUUUCAUUUGUCAGAAUCACCUUCACUUUCAUUGACCCAGCCCUGGCUAAGAUUGUAAACUAUCCUCCAUUCAUAAGGGUCAGUAGAAUAAGGUGUUUAAAAAAAAGAAAAAAAAGAAGAAAGAAAUGUCUGUACCAUAAUUUAAAUAUAAAAAGUGCACUAUUAUUACUAUUGCCUGUGACAAAAGAACAAUUAUGAUUGAACUGAUGCUCAAAAUAAAGAGAGAUUCACAUUAUUGUUAUGGUGACAAUAAUAAACCCUAAAUUUAUA